AAAUUCAUCUCCUUCCCUUCAUAAUCUGCAACACAAACUCACACACACACAUUUUCAAUUCUAAUCUAGAAAAAAAAAUGUCACUCACAAUCCCCACCACCCUCUCCAAAUCCAUCUCCACCCCUAAAUUGGGAUCCUCAAAGCCGAGAAGCGCCGCCAUAAUAUGCCAAGCUAACGCCCCCAACCAAGAAGACUCCUCCACCACGGCGUCUCAGCUCAAAGCGUUCUCAGCCGCGCUGGCCCUCUCCUCCGUGAUCUUCUCCGCCCCGGUGCUCCCCGCCUCCGCUGACAUCGCCGGACUCACCCCUUGCAAGGAAUCCAAACAGUUCGCCAAGCGCGAGAAGAGCGAGAUCAAGAAGCUCGAGUCGUCCCUCAAGCUCUACGCCCCCGACAGCGCCCCGGCUCUUGCCAUCAACGCCACCAUCGAGAAAACCAAGCGCAGGUUCGACAACUACGGGAAGCAAGGGCUCUUGUGCGGCGCGGAUGGGCUGCCCCACUUGAUCGUGAGCGGUGACCAGAGGCACUGGGGUGAGUUCAUCACCCCAGGCAUCCUCUUCUUGUACAUUGCCGGGUGGAUCGGGUGGGUGGGGCGAAGCUACUUGAUCGCCAUCAGAGACGAGAAGAAGCCGACCAUGAAGGAGAUCAUCAUCGACGUUCCCUUGGCAAACAGCCUCGCCUGGAGAGGCUUCAUCUGGCCCGUUGCUGCCUACAGAGCGUUCGUGACCGGAGAACUCAUCGAUCCCAACGUUUAGACCUCUGUUUUCGGGUGAAGAUGGUUGAGGUUAAGGGGUUGUGUGGCGUGGAGAAAGUCUUGUAUUUAUACAUGUAAACUUUGUUGUGUAUUUGGACUUGUAUUUGGAAUCAUUAAUUAACCAAGGAAAUCAUGAGGAAUGUGUUUGCUUA